UGGUGCUUCAUGUUUGUAUGUAUGCAGGCUACGCUGUGUACUGUAUGUGUCUCCUCGGUUUUUAGAGACUCGUGACAGUUCUGGUGUGAGUGAGAGGGAGACGUUUGUGUUUUUAGUAUUAUUUAUAUCAAAACAGGACUUAAAGUAGUAAAAGGGGAAAUGUUCCAGGGAGGUGAAUAUCUUUAUCGAAACUGUAAAUCAAACACACACACAUACAUCAGCAGCAGCACAUUUGACUUGAGCCUCCUUCAGUAAAUCUUUCCACACGUGCUCAUGAAACAGCAGCACAGUCAGCUGGCCGAUCAGCUCUGACUCUGCAUGUACGCUCUGGGUUUCAGGUCGAGUCAAAAGUGUUUGGUUCACUACACAGAUGUCGACCUGUUCCUGCCAAACGUCCCUCUGAGCGUCUGUUCAAACGCUCUGAUCGUCCAAGCGAUGCAGUCAGACCUCCACAUCAGCAUCAGCACUUCUGUUCUCGGUGACUUCAGACCGAUUCUGCUGCUCGUGUUCUUUCGCCCAGUCAUCUCGGUUUUCUGUCUGAGUGUUGCCGCCGUGGAGAGGCUCUGAGGCAGCCCCCUGGAAGACCCUGUUCACAGAGCAGCAGGUCACAUGUUGUGGUCUGGGUUCUGAGAAAACCGCGGAAAGCUGCAUGACGCUGCAGUCAAUCAGCAGUUACUCAGCUCUCUGCUGUCCUGGCCUUAGACAACCUUACUGUCAUUCAAGAUACGCAGGUUACACUGAAUGAAAUGUCAUCACACUGGCUCACAGUGUUUGGAAAAUAAUAAUAAAUAUAGAAGAGUAUAAAUUAAUAUUAAAGUUAGAGGCACAGUUAAGAAUCUAUGAACAGAAGUGAACAAAAUGUAGACGAGUGAGUUCAACUUUCACUGUCUUAUAUCUUAUAUUUGCAUUCAAAUGAGGUGAACGAUGUUCCCAAAGCGUCCAGGACCGACUCUAAACCAUGUUUGAACUGUUUGUCACACACUGUGCAGCUACAACCUUCUUCUCUAACACGGCACCGAGUUUGUUUGUAUUUGAUCAGCAUCUGGUUCAAAGAAAUAUUCUGAAAGUUUUCUAGUUUUACUUUCUGAUCAUGUUUUAUAUAUUAUGUGGAUCUGAAGCUGAUACCAGUAGAACUAAAAAAAGAAGCAGCGCUGACGGUCAGCAGUGACAGGAUCCAGUGUUUGGGAAACAUCUGCUCACACAUGCAAAUGAGCUGGUCGUCGCUAAUUAACCAGAAAAGUUCUCACGCCUACAAACCUUAGAGCCACUGAAGUUCCCUGAAACUCUCUGAGGCAGCAGCACUGUGCUCUCCUCUGGACCUGUAAUCUGAUUUCAAAUGACCUUAAAACAAAUACAACACAUCACAUCUGUGAGCGGAUGGGAAAGCCAGAGACUAUUAUUGGUGUUUGAGUUUUUACACUUUGAGCUUCUGUCUGAUGCUUUCUGAGCAUCUGGUGAAAUAAUCAUACUGGAAGUUGCAGAGCUGCUCAUCAGACUCAUUUCCUGGAAUAAAGUUUAUCUCCUCAACAGCUUUCUGUCAGAAUUGGACAGUUUGGAGCUAAAUGAGUGGAGGAUGAAGUUUAACCUGAAACUACCUCGUCAUCAUCAUCAUCAUCAUCAUCAUCAUCAUCAUCAUCAUCAUCUUCAUCAGCAGCAGCAGCAACGAGAACAACAGGAAGAGACAAACUAAGGCAGAGAGACAGACAGCAUCAGAGAAGUUCUGUUUUAGAUGAACUGGGAUGGACCUGUGGAGGCCACUGGAGGCUGCUGGAGGCUGCUGGAGGCCGCUGGAGGCUGCUGGAGGCUGCUGGAGGCCGCUGGAGGCCACUGGAGGCCACUGGAGGCUGCUGGAGGCUUGUUGUUGUGCAGAGCUGAAGGGUCGCAGCAGAGAUCACAGAGCAGGAUGAGAGAACCAAGAUAACGAACACAUCAGAAAUUAUUCAACUCUCGCUAUGAGUCAUCUGUGACAUUUCCUCAGCAAGCCCCUGACACAGUGUUCAGUCUGACGCUCGGAGGGUCGCAGCGACAGAUCGAAGAAGCUUCUCCUCACCAUGUUCUCCUUCUUCAUCCUGUCCUGGCUGGCCAGCGUGUCUCUGGGCUCUGGACUUCCUCCGAACUGCACUGAUGUUCAGUACCCUUGGCCGGUAGACGGGCCCAAUAUGUGCUGUGAUAAAUGUCCACCAGGUCACAUCAUGCAGGGAAGCUCCUCGCGGACCUCCUGUGAAAGAGAGUGUGUCCCCUGCCAGGGAGACCGCUUCAUGGAGUCCUACAACAUGGAGUUCAACUGCAACGUUUGUGGAAACUGCGACAGACCGAACAUGGAGGUGAAGCAGAACUGCAGCUCCACCCACAACACCGUGUGCACAUGCAGAGCUGGAUACCGAUGCAGAGACGACUCGUGCAGCAUGUGUGUCCUGAUCCCAACCACCACCCCCACCACCACCCCCACCGCCAAAGCCACCGAGGCUCCGCCCACCGCAGCCCCUGAACCCGGAGACCCCACCACCCUGCCGGCCCCCCGGGCGCCACUCAGAGACACCGUGUGGUUCCUGGUGAUCACCGCCCUGCUGUGUGCAGGAAUCGCUCUGGCUGUGGCCGCUAGAAUCAAGCCCUUCCUGCGCUGGAUCCGGUCCAGAUACGGCUACUUCCUGGCUGAAAAACCAGCAGCUCAGAGCUCCGAGGACGAAGAUGUGUCGAAGCCUGUCCAGGAGGUUUGUGGGAAAUGUGAGCAACUCAUCGACGUGUGUGUUAAAGACUAAAGAGGAACUGGAGGAACUUUAGGGGAACGUUUGGUGGAACCUAGCAGAUGCUGAAUGUCUGUCACUGCUGUGGACUUUAAGGGGACUGAAGCUGCUGAAGACGUGACGCUUAAGACUGACGCUGCUUUCUGAGAGGAAAAGCUGGACAGCUGUGAUGACAAAAGUGUAGAAACACUGAGAACUUGGAAGAACCUGGAAACACACAGUGACGCUGUGACAGAAGAAGCUGUAGUGAGUCGCUGAAAGCUGUAUGUACCAUAGUACAGGACUCUGAAGGCGUCUGCCUCCUCUACAUUUGUGUUUUUGUGUAUAUAUCUGUGUUCACUGCUUUACUGUUCAGACCUCGGGGAUCAGGUCUGGAUCGGGGAGGUUUGUUGACAUUUUAACUCUGCGGACUCUUGGUCGUGUUCCUCGAGCUGUUUCUGGUCUGUUGGAGGUGAACUCUGCUGCUGCCUCGGUGGCGUCGCUCCGUAUCAGAGCAGAAACACAUCGUGUACGUAUGUCUGACAUCAGGUGUGGAUGUUGUGUAAUAACUUCAUACAUGUUUCUACUUAGUUUUCUUUAUUCAAAAUAAAAUGUCACUUGGG